GUUACCAGACGCCCAAUACAUUUUGAGCUCCCAGGAAAGGCUCCACAGAUUGAGUCAACAGAUAGACGACACAGAUGCGGCAGUUCCCCGUGACGAAUCAGCUGAUAGACGUCAAAAUAAUGUCGUGAGAGGACCUGACGGGAAUUUGUAUUUCCCAUUACAAAAGUAAGUCGACCAUUCAAAAUUAUCAUUGAACCUAACACUGAAAUUGUAUUUUUUAAAAAUAAUUAGGCAGUAAUGUAUUCUGGUUUGGAUAAUGUAAUCGUUUACAUUAAGUAAUCGUAUAUAUAAAGUAAUCAUGUACAUGAAGUAAUCGUUUAUAUCAAGUAAUCGUAUACAUUAAGUAAUUGUGUACUUUAAGUAAUCGUGUACAUAAAGUAAUCGUGUAGAUCCAGUAGUUGUGUACAUAAUACAAAAAUGUUGGCACAGUUGUACAUCUAUGUACCCUCUUUCAGGGAAUAUUAGUCUUUCAGAAUUUCAAGCACUUUUUCUAAAUUUUAGACUCUUAUUGAAAGAAGAACACAUUAAACUGAAAAUUACUCUAAUUACCUCCCUUGCCUAUCUCGCGAAAGAGCACACAAAGUCUAAAAGAAAUAACACAACACAAUCAAUGGGCUUGUUUACUGUCAAUUAUAAAAAAAUGUUGUGCUGUAUUAAAUUUGUAUGUUAAUAGACAUGAAUAGACAAUGUAUGCACAACUGGUCAAACACAGUGACCCAACUGGUCAAACACAGUGACCCAACUGGUCUAACACAAUGACGAAAAUUGUCUGGCAAAGUGACACAUACAAAAGCAAAUCUUAAAUGUGAGUGGCUUUUAUUCAAGCUUCAAUACUGAAGGAAAAGCCAUGCUAACAAUGUGAUGAGGAAAUGUGUUGAUGUUCAUCGCAAACAUUAACAAACAAUGAUGUCCAUACUAGACAUUAACAAUUAGUGAUGUCCAUACUAGACAUUAACAAUCAUUGAUGUCCAUUCUAGACAUUAACAAUCAUUGAUGUCAAUUCUAGACAUUAACAAUCAUUGAUUUCAAUUCUAGACAUUAACAAUCAUUGAUGUCCAUUCUAGACAUUAACAAUCAAUGAUGUCUAUUCUAGACAUUAACAAACACUAAUGUCCAUUCUAACCAUUAACAAACAAUGAUGUCCAUUCUAGACAUUAACAAUCAUUGUUUUCCAUCCUAUACAUUAACAAUCAUUGAUGUCCAUACUAGACAUUAACAAUCAGUGAUGUCCAUACUAGACAUUAACAACCAUUGAUGUCCAUACUAGACAUUAACAAUUAGUGAUGUCCAUACUAGACAUUAACAAUCAGUGAUGUCCAUACUAGACAUUAACAAUCAGUGAUGUCCAUACUAGACAUUAACAAUCAGUGAUGUCCAUACUAGACAUUAACAAUCAGUGGUGUCCAUACUAGACAUUAACAAUCAGUGAUGUCCAUACUAGACAUUAACAAUCAGUGAUGUCCAUACUAGACAUUAACAAUCAGUGAUGUCCAUACUAGACAAUAAAAAUCAUUGAUGUCCAUUCUAGACAUUAACAAUCAUUGAUGUCAAUUCUAGACAUUAACAAUCAUUGAUGUCCAUUCUACACAUUAACAAUCAUUGAUGUCCAUUCUACACAUUAACAAUCAAUGAUGUCCAUACGAGACAUUAACAAUCAGUGAUGUCAAUUCUAGACAUUAACAACCAUUGAUGUCAAUUCUAGACAUUAACAAUCAUUGAUGUCCAUUCUAGACAUUAACAAUCAAUGAUGUCUAUUCUAGACAUUAACAAACACUAAUGUCCAUUCUAACCAUUAACAAUCAAUGAUGUCUAUUCUAGACAUUAACAAUCAAUGAUGUCUAUUCUAGACAUUAACAAACACUAAUGUCCAUUCUAACCAUUAACAAACAAUGAUGUCCAUUCUAGACAUUAACAAUCAUUGUUUUCCAUCCUAUACAUUAACAAUCAUUGAUGUCCAUUCUAUAUAUUAACAAACAAUGAUGUACAUUCUAGACAUUAACAAACAUGAUGUCUCCAGGUUGCCACAAGUACACACAGACAUCCAAGACAAUGAGGAGGAGCUAAACAUUGAGUUGCAACCACAAGCCACGUGUGGUAUAGGCAGAUGUCAGCCAUCUUGGACACAAAGUGAGUCUCUGAAUAGUUGACACCAAACAGUAUUAAAUAUAAUGAAUUGUGUGAUCUAGGAGUGUGGCUGACGGUGUUAAAUAUGAAUGGUGUGAUCUAGGGAUGUGCCUGACCGUGUUAAAUAUGAAUGGUGUGAUCUAAAGAUGAGGCUGAUCGUGUUAAAUAUGAAUGGUGUGAUCUAGGGAUGAGGCUGACCAUGUUAAAUAUGAAUGGUGUGAUCUAGGGAUGAGGCUGACCAUGUUAAAUAUGAAUGGUGUGAUCUAGGGAUGAGGCUGACCAUGUUAAAUAUAAUGGUGUGAUCUAGGGAUGAGGCUGACCAUGUUAAAUAUGAAUGGUGUGAUCUAGGGAUGUGCCUGACCAUGUUAAAAAUUAAUGGUGUGAUCUAGGGAUGAGGCUGACGAUGUUAAAUAUGAAUGGUGUGAUCUAGGGAUGAGGCUGGCCAUGUUAAAUAUGAAUGGUGUGAUCUAGGGAUGAGGCUGACCAUGUUAAAUAUGAAUGGUGUGAUCUAGGGAUGUGCCUGACCGUGUUAAAUAUGAAUGGUGUUAUCUAGGGAUGUGGCUGACAGUGUUAAAUAUGAAGGGUGUGAUCUAGGGAUGUUGCUGACCGUGUUAAAAAUUAAUGGUGUGAUUUAGGGAUGUUGCUGACCAUGUUAAAUAUAAAUGGUGUGAUCUAGGGAUGGGUCUGACCGUGUUAAAUAUGAAUGGUGUGAUCUAGGGAUGAGGCUGAGCUUGUUUAAUAUGAAUGGCGUGAUCUAGGGAUGUGACUUGCCGUAUUACAUAGCAUGAUCUGGUUGUGUAGACUAGGACUGUAUAUGUCACUACCUAUAGACUCCAAUAAACAUUGAAAAUACUUGAGUUUUAUCUCAAUUGUAGUCAGAAGCUGACAGCCACCAUCAUUACCGCGUUGGCUAACCACCAUUACCUCUUGCGACCAACGAUCGUUACCCCCGAUAGCCAACCAUCAUUAUUCAUGAUACCCAACCAUAAUUACAUCCGAUUAUCAACCAUCAUUAUCGGAGAUGGCCACCUAUCAUUACCCUGAUGAUAACCCAAGGUGACCAAUAAACCAAAUAGAGUCAAAGAAGCUUUCCUUUCAUGCCACCACUCUGUAACACUAUUGAAAGAAAUGUGAAAUGUUACAAUUAUUCUUUUGGUUCAUCUCUAGGAUUUACCGGACUUCCGGCUUUUGUCGUCUGCUACGGCAUAUCUGGGAUCUGGAUGACCACUCUGGGAUCUCUGCUGGGAUCUCAGAUUACGUCUCUGGAGCGCCAUCUUGGAAUCUCCAGCAGUAAAACAGGUCAGGGGUCAAGGUCAGGGUACGGGUCAGGGAUACGGGUCAGGGGUACAGGUCAAGGGUACAGGUCGGGGAUCCAGGUCAGGGGUUCCAGAUCAGGGGUACAGAUAAGGGGUACAUACCACAUAGAGGCUGUUUAUUCGGGGUGAGCCGGGUGCUGUUUUUGUCCGGGUAGCUUGUCCGGGUAGCUUGUCCGGGUAGCGGGUACGAGUAUGACGAUGCAGGAGUUAACUAGAAAACGAGAAAAUGUCUGCCACCCAUGGGGGCCGGGGUGGGGGGGGGGUAAAACUGCAUGUAUAGAACCAGUAGAGAUCUCAAUAGCAUCAAAGUUGAAGGUUUCAUAACCCAAAUAGCAUAUAACCUUAGCCCAUGAACAGAAGAAAGAUCGGAGGGGAGACGCUGCUGGUUGGAAUUUAAGUGUAUUUUCCUUACUCUAAUGUACACAAAAAUUUGUUUAAAAUGUGUUUCAUUAUUAAGGGCCAGGUAUUUUCCGGGUGAGUAAAUACUCGGCAUUUCCGGGUAUUCGGGCAGCACCCGGCUCAUUCCUACUAUUUAUAGUAACUUGAAGUCAUACACAUAGGGAAUGUUGACCAGAUUAGAAUUUGCCUUUUGUGUACUGUUACGGGCGUAUCUGUUAUGAAGGGGACGGGAAGAGCAGAUCUUUAACAAAAAAUACCACUCUGACGUUCGUAUCAUUUCUGGGGUGGGGUGGGGUGGAGUGUGGUGGGGUGGGUGAACAUACAUUGCUGUUCUUUAUUUCAUAAAUGUAUUUUAUUUUAAUGUCAUGAUUAUGUCUCUUUUGAUAAAAAGUUGUAUGUACAGCGCAGUGAGCCCAGCCCUAGGCUGGGGUACCGCGCUAUAUAAGACCUCUUAUUAUUAUUAUUAUUAUUAUCACCCUUCGCGUCUUUGAUGGAGAAUGUAGGAUAAGCCACUGUCAAAGUGCCGUAUUUUGGCGCAUAUAACACGCACCCGCAGGGUUGCCAACUCAAUAAAAAUAACAUUUACUGACAAAUAGAAGAACUCUCAACAAAACUUACGGACAAAAAAAAGUUUUUACGGACACAUUUAACAUAAAAAUGUUGACCUUAAAACGAACAGCCUAGCUGUCCAGAAAGCUCUUACAGUUUAUUAAGAGAGCGCGGGAUGCCACGAAAACAAUUUAAUAAUUAAAAUUUGAAUCAAGAAAAUAGAGAUCACAAACAUGAUCACAAACAUGAUCACAAACAUGAUCACAAACAUGAUCACAAACAUGAUCACAAACAUGAUCACAAACAUGAUCACAAACAUGAUCACAAACAUGAUCACAAACAUGAUCACAAACAUGAUUUACUGGGGUUUUUUAAACGUUGAGAUUCCACGUUUUGUCGAUUUUUUUUUUACGGACGUCUUAAUUUUUUAACGGAAUUUUACGGUCAGGCAAUUUUACGACAAAUCUUUACGGACUGUCCGUAAUUUUACGGACGGUUGGCAACCCUGAGCACCCGUAUAUUUAAGACGUGGGUUUUGACGAUUUGUGUAAACAACAACGACAUCGGACGCAGGCGGCCCAGCCAUCAGCCGCACUGGGCAAUUUGUAGCCAGUGGUUUCCUUUCCUAGUUCGUAAAUGAAAAUGGGGCAGGACCGCAACGCUUCUUGUGUAUUCUUAUCUGCCGCCGGGCCAACAGCGGAUGGGUUGAGUAGGGCCAAUAGCGGAUGGGUUGAGUAGGGCCAAUAGCGGAUGGGUUGAGUAGGGCCAAUAGCGGAUGGGUUGAGUAGGGCCAAUAGCGGAUGGGUUGAGUAGGGCCAAUAGCGGAUGGGUUGAGUAGGGCCAAUAGCGGAUGGGUUGAGUAGGGCCAAUAGCGGAUGGGUUGAGUAGGGCCAAUAGCGGACGGGUUGAGUAGGGCCAAUAGCGGAUGGGUUGAGUAGGGCCAAUAGCGGACGGGUUGAGUAGGGCCAAUAGCGGAUGGGUUGCGUACCUGGUAUCUAGAUUCUAGAAACAAUAAACGCCAGAUAUACAAAACAUUGAAACGAAAGGAUUUUAAAUUUGAAGUGGCCUGCACUGGAUUGGUACACGUGGUCAUUACUGAACACUUACUACUUACCCCCUUGUUUUCACAGCUAGGAAUGAAAAUCGUGAAACAUGAAUAUCGACCGCUAUCAUCGUCCUUCAAUCUCGCCCACUGUACCGUUCGUUCGAAUUAAAAAAAUACUGAUCGUAUUUUCGCCCAUAUAAGACACACCUAAUUAUAAGACGCGCCCUGGGUGUGGGGUAUGUAAAAAUUUCUAUAAGAUGCGCCUGAUAUACGCGAACAUACGGUAAUACAUUUCUUUUGAUAGAUGUUUCAUUGUUUAUCGGGCAAAUUAUCUUUUCAUUCUUAUUUCAUUAUACCUUAAGUAGAAAUAAUUUAAAUUAUUUUUUUCCCGUUAAUUUUCUUAGAAAACCAUUUUGUGAUAAACUAAAUACCUUUUAAUCCAUGACUUGAAACUAGUUCUGUCCCCGUCACAGGUCUUAUCUUAAGCAGUAAUGAAGUUGGAUAUCUCAUUGCCGUCCUAUUUGGGAGCCAUUUUGGCAAAUACAUACACAUCCCUCGGCUUCUCUCCCUGUCUGGCAUCAUCUUCGGCCUCUGCGUCAUCACCAUGUCGUUUGGUAGAUUUGAAGUGCCAAAAGUCUGGCAAGGUGAGUGAAGAUAUAUUGCUUUAAACACAGAAUCAAAGCUACAAGAUACCGGAACAAUAAUGUAAGACACCUUUUAUUUGAAACUCAUUUUAUCAUUUGGUUAUCAUUAAAAUUCUCAGAAUAUAAAAGACAGAUAAUAAUCGUUAAAUUUUGGUUGCUGUUUUCAGUGUUCGGGCCACUCACAAACACGAGCAGCACAGAAGACAAAGGGGCCAAAUAUCUGUGUACCGUGGACCACUCACUCUACUCGAGUGAUGUUCUCUUCAACUCUACCAAUGGUUCAGAUCUUGCAGACGACCGUCCCACGAUCAUGAGUUCCGGUGACCAGAUUUCUUCAUCGGGUCUGCCAUGGUCGUUUUGGCUUUUAGUUGUUCCGGCCAUUGUUGGUGGCAUCGUGAAGUCCUACAGGAUUCCUCUACUCACUCACUACGUCGAGACAAAUAUCAAAGACCCCAAUAAAUCGGGUCUGUUUUUAGGUAAAUAUUAUGUUCAUGAAUAAUUGUAAAGCAAAUAAUGACAACAAAACAAUAUCUGAUACAGCUAUGAGCCUAUGGAACGUAACGGGGGGGGGGGGUCAAGGGAAAGGGGUUGACAUAAACGAUCGCUCCCUGGUGCCCUAGUGUUUAAGGUAAUAGAGAAAUGAUAAGUUUUAUUUCUUUACUAAACGGGCCCAAAACACCAAACUGUGUAUUGGCACACCUGGAAAAGAGUCAGGUGACUUAUCAGGCUUUAAAUCUCAAAUGAGUUCGGGUCGAGCUUCAGGUGGCAAAUUUACAAUAUUGCCUAGUUUUAGGAUCUCCUCUAUCUAUAGGGUAGACUUUGUACCUCACUUCGAGCCCUAAUUAGGGAUUAAGCAUGUUUUUCAAAUGAACUUUAUUAUUGUCAUCAUCAUCAUAAUACGCCCCUGGGGUCCACCGUGUCAUCUGGAUUCCGAUGUGACUGAGCAUCGAGCCGUCUUGUAGAAGAGAACACUAUUUCUUAGUUGUGUCACUGUUUGUGUCCGGGGUUCUGUAAGUAGCCAUGCAAACUUUUAUAUUCUUAUUUGUGUAGAGUUUUAUUUCAGUUUGUGAUGGACGCUUCCUGUUCUUUAAUGACUAUUUUAAGUAGUGUUUUAAUUGAAUUACUUGUGGAACUCAUUGAAUCUACCCGUCGACAAUGAUAUUGCCAUAGUUCAACACACUGCCACGCGCCUUGUCUUGUAUAGACUCCACGCGUGCAUGCGUCGACACUAACAGCUAUAAUUUAUAGCGUUCUAGCUACGCACACUGAAACACGUUCGUGUCUCAAACAGACUAAAAUCACUUCACCGGUAUUCAACUAUCGAUUAUACUUCGUAGUGUUUGGGGUUACGCGUGCUGCCAUGCGCUGGAUGCUACCAAAACCACCUAUGCUCGCGUGUGUAAUCCUGUCAUUUCAUUGUAGUAGAUAGACUGCCCUGUGGUUACGUGUUACAUAGAACCACGAAGGCGAAGUUACAACUGAAAUAGCCAAGAAUCUAGCAUUGUAGUUGAACUCAGACAUCAAGCACCUCAGGGUCUCCGUGCUUAAAAUAGAUACGGGAUGUUUGCAAACAUAUUUAUAGUACUUAAUGCGUCUAGUCUAAAGCCGCGGUCUGAUUCUGAUAGGGUACGUGGCACACGGUCGGACGUGAGGACGUUCAGCUUCGCUAAAUGAAAUGAGAGAUUAUUUGUAACAAUAUUUUUCUGUAACGUACUGUAUUACACACUUACUUAUACGUAUAUUUCUUUGAUUUCCAAAGAAAAAAAAGAAGAAGAAAUUGCAUUUUGGUUUAUGACACCGUGAGUUUUUACGUUAAAAAUAAAUAUUACAGCUCUUUGUAAAGCUCUUCAUAUAUUUGUUAUUUUACAGUUUAGGUCGCGUCAAGAGGGUCUGCACGGGAAAUUAACAAUUUAGAAUCGUGCAAUUAAAAAGAAUAGUAUUUUAAAACAGAUGAUUUCUGUUCUACAAUCCCAGGUUCUUCAUUCACCGCCAUGGUGUUUGGACCUCCAGUGGCCUAUCCCCAAAUUGCAACAAAAAAAAUCUACUUGGCAUCUAGGACAGCAGAAAAUCAAACGUAGCUCAGAACAUAAAUUUAAAAAAAAAAAAAAUGAUUUGAUCAUUUAAAUUUAACAUUAAAAAACAAAUCAUAAUCUUGGUAUUCUUACUUAAAUUGACAUGUAAUGUGGUGCUGCUGAUUUAAUAUGGUCUCUAACAAUAUUUAGCAUUUUCUGUAACAAUAUUUAGCAUUGUCUUUAACAAUAUUUAACAUGGUCUGUAACACUUGAACAUUUCCAACACACAAUAUGUUCACUUAUUUCCAGAAACGUCGAUGUCCAAGUACGACCAACGCUGGGUGGGGGCGUGGUGGCUCGGUUUCCUGAUUGUGGGCGUGGCCAGUGUUGCGUUCUCUCUGCCAAUCAUGUUCUUCCCUAGGCGAAUCAGAUAUGACCAGGACACGAGUCACAGGAAGACACAAAACAGUUCGAACGCUGACAGCAAGAAAGCAGCCGUCAAGAAAGUCAUACUGGGUACACAAAAGAGUUUGGGGAACGGUUUUCUGCUGAUAUCUGUGUACAUAUUGUUAAAUAAAUGCUUUAUUUGGUACUAAAAGUGGUAAAAUUAUAUUUACAUUAGGAAACUAAUUACACCUCCCAUUUGUACCUCACAACUGUUAAAGUAGAAACAUGGUGGGAAUGUACACAUUUUUAGUUGAUUCUGAAUGUACAAUUGUGUACUUUAUUCUAAAUGUACAUGUGGGUACUUGAUUCUGGAUGUACACCUAAUUGCUUAAUGUUGUCCGGUUCCAGACAUGCCCAAGUCUCUGUCCAGAAUAUUUCGACGUCCUGUCUACGUCCUGGCGCUUGUCGGUGGAUGCAUCGACGGGUUCGGUUUCUCUGGGUGGUUCGCGUUCUCCCAGAAGUACAUUGAGACCCAGUUCAAUAAGACACCACAGCAAGUCAGUCUAACUACCGGUAUGUACAAUAUAAAAUACCACGGUAAGUCAGUCUAACUACCGGUAUGUACAAUAUAAAACACCACGGUAAGUCAGUCUAACUACCGGUAUGUACAAUAUAAAAUACCACAGCAAGUCAGUCCAACUACUGGUAUGUAUUAUAAAAUACCACAGCUAGUCAGUCCAACUACUGGUAUGUAUUAUAAAAUACCACAGCUAGUCAGUCCAACUACUGGUAUGUAUUAUAAAAUACCACAGCUAGUCAGUCCAACUACUGGUAUGUAUUAUAAAACACCACAGCUAGUCAGUCAGUUAACUAUUAAACCACUGACCAUAAAGAUAAUAAUAUCUGAAUGACUGUCCCCAGGUAUUAUUGUCAUUUUCUCCCUGGCACUCGGCACGUUUUCUGGUGGCUUCCUGACCUCGAGAUUUAAACUUGGACUGCGGGGGUGUGUCAUGAUGGCCCUGGCCAUUUCCGCCGGAACUCUCGCCCUGGACGUGAUGUACAUGGUGUUUGGGUGCGAAAACUCCCAGGUCAUGGGACUUGGAGACACAAGGUUAGUGGCAGUGUUCAACACACGACUAGUAAAGUACUGGCUAUGUUGUAGUGCUAGCCAUGUGACUUGGAGGCAGUGUUCAUGACAUGACUAGUAAAGUACUGGCUAUUCUGUAGUGCUAGCCAUGGGACUUGGAGACACAAGGCUAGUGGCAGUGUUCAUGACAUGACUAGUAGAGUACUAGCUAUGUUGAAGUGCUCGCCACUGGAUUUGGAGACACAAGGUUGAUGGCAGUGCUCAACACACGACUAAUAAAGUACUGGCAAUGUCGAGGUACUGUACUGUAAAAGAACAGGACGAGGGCGCUGCUGGCCAUCUUGGAGUACUGGCCAUGCUUAAGUACUGACCAUUUUUAAGUGCCGAUCAUGAUAAAGUGAUGGUCAUGUUAAAGCACAGGCUAUUUUGAAGUACUGGCCAUGAUUUGUGGCUGGCUAUUUUUAAGUAUCGGAUAUGGUUAAGUUUGUUUUACAUGUUUAAUUACAUUCUGAGGUAUGAGAACACGUCAGAAUCUAAAGUGAGAUAUGCAUAUUGAAUGGGUUGAGAGAAAAAAGUCAAAUGAAUUCAUACACAAAUGGUGCUACAGUUGACAACCAACGACAUGAUCAUUCUAUUACAUUCCCAGGAUUUACAAGACGUCCAGGAAUAUCAACUUUUCCCAUUGCUCUCCUCAGAACCCAGUCCUCUCAACAGUGCGCCUGUAACUCUGACAUAUUCUUGGUGUGUGGUGAUAACAAUGUUGACUACCGCUCUCCUUGCUGGGCAGGCUGCACCAACUCAACCAACAUGGUAACAUUAUAAGUCUCCCUUGGAGAUGGGUGGUAACAUUCCUAGCCUCCCUUGGAGAUGGAUGGUAACAUUAUAAUUCUCCCUUGGAGAUGGAUGGUAACAUUAUAAGUCUCCCUUGGAGAUGGGUGGUAACAUUCCUAGUCUCCCUUGGAGAUGGGUGGUAACAUUCCUAGUCUCCAUUGGAGAUGGGUGGUAACAUUCCUAGUCUCCAUUGGAGAUGGAUUGUAACAUUCCUAGUCUCCCUUGGAGAUGGAUGGUAACAUUAUAAGUCUCCCUUGGAGAUAGAAUAUCCAAUAAUUUCAACAUUCCUGUGUUUGAUAAAGAGUAAAUACAAAUUUGACCAUGUAUGCAAUUAUUAGUUUAGGUACAUGAAUAUUUCUUCCUACAGUUUAAAUGUCAUGAACUUUUUGUGCAGAUCUUCAGCAACUGUUCAGAAAUCAAUGGCGGUCAAGCCAAGCCUGGUCUCUGCAGUCUGGAUUGUCCGUUCUUCAUCCCCUUCUUAGUCAUCUACUGCCUGGGAAUGUUGAUUGGUUGUUCGAGUAUUGUACCUGGAUUCAUGAUAAUUGUCAGGUAUAGCAACCUUCUACAAGGGUAUAUUAUAUAAUUGCUGAAUGUAAACAUCUUAUAUAAUUGUUGAAUUUAAGCAUUGUGUGUAAGUGUUGAAUGUAAGCAUUGUGUGUAAUUGUUGAAUGUAAGCAUUGUAUAUAAUUGUUGAAUGUAAGCAUUGUAUAUAAUUGUUCAAUGUAAGCAUUGUGUGUAAUUGUUGAAUGUAAGCAUUGUAUGUAAUUGUUGAAUGUAAGCAUUGUAUGUAAUUGUUGAAUGUAAGCAUUUUAUAUAAUUGUUCAAUGUAAGCAUUGUAUGUAAUUGUUGAAUGUAAGCAUUGUAUGUAAUUGUUGAAUUUAAGCAUUGCGUGUAAUUGUUGAAUGUAAGCAUUGUAUAUAAUUGUUGAAUGUAAGCAUUGUAUAUAAUUGUUGAAUGUAAGCAUUGUAUAUAAUUGUUGAAUGUAAGCAUUGUAUAUAAUUGUUGAAUGUAAGCAUUGUAUAUAAUUGUUGAAUGUAAGCAUUGUAUAUAAUUGUUGAAUGUAAGCAUUGUAUAUAAUUGUUGAAUGUAAGCAUUGUAUAUAAUUGUUGAAUGUAAGCAUUGUAUAUAAUUGUUGAAUGUAAGCAUUGUAUAUAAUUGUUGAAUGUAAGCAUUGUAUAUAAUUGUUGAAUGUAAGCAUUGUAUAUAAUUGUUGAAUGUAAGCAUUGUAUAUAAUUGUUCAAUGUAAGCAUUGUGUGUAAUUGUUGAAUGUAAGCAUUGUAUAUAAUUGUUGAAUGUAAGCAUUGUAUAUAAUUGUUGAAUGUAAGCAUUGUAUAUAAUUGUUGAAUGUAAGCAUUGUAUAUAAUUGUUGAAUGUAAGCAUUGUAUAUAAUUGUUGAAUGUAAGCAUUGUAUAUAAUUGUUGAAUGUAAGCAUUGUAUAUAAUUGUUGAAUGUAAGCAUUGUAUAUAAUUGUUCAAUGUAAGCAUUGUGUGUAAUUGUUGAAUGUAAGAAUUGUAUGUAAUUGUUGAAUGUAAGCAUUUUGUAUAAUUGUUGACUAUAAGCAUUGUAUAUAAUUGUUGAAUGUAAGCAUUGUGUGUAAUUGUUGAAUGUAAGCAUUGUGUAUAAUUGUUGACUAUAAGCAUUGUAUAUAAUUGUUGAAUGUAAGCAUUGAAUAACAGUUAUUUAAAUAAGUAUUGCCCAUACAAAAGUUUUGUGUCUGAUAUCUGUAUGUUUGUAUGAUACCAUCUUGUCUAAAACAUGUCUAUAGGUGGGCUACUUUGCUAUGUACUUUAUAUAUGCCGUGUUUAUUUCAGAUCGAUUGAACAGAGGGAUCAAUCACUUGCUACUGGAGCCUCGGCUUUCUGCCAGACUUUGAUAGGUGAGACAUUGACCAAAGGUCAUUUCUGCCGACUGUAAUAGGUGAAACAUUGCCCAAAGGUCAACUAUGUCAGACUUUAAUAUAUUAAACAUUGCCCAAAUGUAAUUUCUGUCAGGCUUUGAUAGGUGAGACUUUGACCAAAGGUCAUUUCUGUAAGACUUUGAUAGGUGAGACAUUGACCAAAGGUCAUUUCUGCCGACUGUAAUAGGUGAAAAAUUUUCCCAAAGGUCACCUAUGUCAGACUUUAAUAUAUUAAACAUUGCCCAAAGCUCAUUUCUGUCAGACUUUGAAAGGUGAGACAUUGACCAAAGGUAAUUUCUGUCAGACUUUGAUAGGUGAGACAUUGACCAAAGGUCAUUUCUGCCAGACUUUGAUAGGUGAAACUUUGACCAAAGGUCAUUUCUGCCAGACUUUGAUAGGUGAAACUUUGACCAAAGGUCAUUUCUGCCAGACUUUGAUAGGUGAAACUUUGACCAAAGGUCAUUUCUGUCCGACUUGGACUGGUGAGACGUGAUAUCAUUUUAAUUAAUCCAUCUAUUUUUUUUUCUUUUUAAUUGAAGAGCUCUUUUAUUUGACCUAUUUAAUCCAACACAUAAUAUUUAACCACUCACUAGAUUGGCCCCCAGACAUCUCUUAUGUAUAUAUUGCUUCUAGUGUGUCCUGCUGCAUUUUCACAACUGGCCCUCCUCCUACUCAACAUGCUCUAUAUUAAUAGUAAUGAGUGGAAAAGAAAAAGAUGUCACGCAGCGAACAUAGUGCAUGACGGUUGGACUCCGGUAGUAAGGUUGAAUUUUUUCUUUAGGUCGGAGGCGACUAUUACAUAAAUCAAAAAAGAGCCACGGAUAUGGUGUAGGAACGUCUGUAGGCCUAUUGUUUAAAGGUAGGCAGGUAGGACGUGGGACAGUCUGUAGGCCUAUUGUUUAAAGGUAGGCAGGUAGGACGUGGGACAGUCUGUAGGCCUAUUGUUUAAAGGUAGGCAGGUAGGACGUGGGACAGUCUGUAGGCCUAUUGUUUAAAGGUAGGCAGGUAGGACGUAGGACAGUCUGUAGGCCUAUUGUUUAUAUAAAAUGAGAAGUUAACUCUUUAUUUAACCCUUGGACCCACCGGGUAUUUUCUCAGAAUACCCGGACCCGGUGUAAGAAACUGAACCCGCGUAAGCCCUAGUUCAGUGGUUCUCAACCUUCCUAAUGCCGCGACCCUUUCAUAAAGUUCCUCAUGUUGUGGCGACCCGCUACCCCAAAAUUAUUUUCGUUGCUGGUUCAUAACUGUAUAGUAUAAGUGUUUUCCUAUGGUCUAUGGUGAACCCUGUGAAAGGGCCGUUCGACCCCCCAAAGAGGUCGCGACCCAUAGGUUGAGAACCACUACCCAUUUGAAACUAAUUUUAUUGCUUUGUUUUUCAGGCUUCCUGCCAGCACCACUUGUUUUUGGCAAACUCAUCGACAGCACGUGCAGACUGUGGUCCCCUACAGGAGACUAUUGCAUGCUGUACGACAGAGAAAGGUUUCGUUUCAUUUUCAAUGGUCUGUACAUUGGUCUGAGGGCAGGACACCUGGUCAUACUCACUCUUGUACUCUUAUUGGUUCGCCGUCUUCAUGGGAGACGGGACAAAGAUGGAAUCCACGGGAGAGAAUCCAAGACUAUCAGUCCAACCACAUAGGAUGUUAGCAAAUUUGAAUGUUUUAUUAGAUAUGUGUAUGUUGCAUUAGAGAUUUGAAUGCUGUGCUAGAGAUAUGAAUGUCAUAUUAGAGAUGUGAAUAUCAUAUUAGAGAUGUGAAUGUCAUAUUAGAGAUAUGAAUGUCAUAUUAUAGAUGUGAAUGUCAUAUUAGAGAUGUGAAUGUCAUAUUUGAGAUGUUAAUGUCAUAUUAGAGAUGUGAAUGUUGUAUAAAAAAUGUGAAUGUUGUAUUAGAGAUUUGAAUGUUGCAUUAGAGACAAAAUGCAUCUUAAUUUUUAUACCUCCAACAAGUGACAUCUGACUAAUUUGUAUACCGAAAUCAAGUAACAUGUAAUUUGUAUGCAUCAAUCAAGUGGCAUCUAAUAUUUAUACAUCAAUCAAGCGACAUCUCAUUUGUGUACCUCCAGAAAGUGGCAUCGUAAUGUUCGAGUGCCAGGCAGCUGAGCCAAUGUUGAAGGUUUACUUGAUUAAAAAUGUUUAAUUGUUGAACUACAUCAAUGUAAACUUACGUUAUUUUAAAGUAGGUGUUUUUUAUUUAUUCAUUCACCUAUUCCGUGUAUUAAAAUUAUUUAUGUAUUCAUUCACUCAUUCCGUGUAUUUAAGAUAUACAUGUAUUCAUUCACUCAUCUCGUGUAUUAAGAUUAUUCAUCUAUUCAUUCACUCAACCCAUGUAUUAAGAUUAUUCAUGUACUCAUGCACUCAUCCCGUGUGGGAAUUCAAGACUCUCGUUACAUUGAGAAAAAAACACAUCACAUAUUGGUUUUAUUUUACUGGAAAGUACAGGGAGCCCUAACUUGGGAAGACUGAAUGCUUUCAAUGUGAACGCUGUUUAGACAGAAAUAUUUCAAAGAGAUACAUCAAUGUUGGUGUUUUUUUUGUUUUUGUUUUUUUUGUGUUUUUUUUCUUUUGGGGGCGUCCAUUAAUUACAUCAACAAAAUGGG